AUGCCUUGGAAAAGACUACCGUUGCGACCUAUAUUAGCUGGUAUAACUAGCACAGCUUUAGUAUCAUACGUUGCUUACAAGUACGGUCGAUAUGAAGUGUUGACCAAUCCACCACAUCACUUGUUUCCCAAAUCUUCAACAACCAAAUUAACUCGUCUUGACUCACCAAAGUACUGCCAAGACGUAUCUCGUGUCAUUCCUGAGAUUACAAAACUUGGUAUUGAAGUUGUCAAUAGCAAACCUGAAAUUGAUCAUCAUACAGGCAACGAGUUUACUACGCAUAAGCCAUUGGAGAAUGAAGUACCACUUUAUGUCGUUUACCCCAAGUCUACUGAAGAAGUUUCACAAGUAUUGAAGGUUUGUAAUAGGGAACUUGUACCCGUCGUUCCAUUUUCGGGUGGUACAAGUCUUGAGGGCCAUUUCCACUCAACACGGAGAGGGAUUGUUGUUGAUACCUCCAAAAUGAACAAGGUCUUGGCUAUCAAUGAUAAUGAUUUGGAUGUGGUUGUCCAGUGUGGAGUCAAUUGGCAAAAACUCAACGAGGACUUGGAACCAUAUGGGUUAAUGUUUGGCACCGAUUGUGGACCACUGGGAUUGAUCUCGGGGAUGAUUGCCACAAAUGCGUCUGGUAUCAACGCAUCGCGAUAUGGAGCAAUGUCUGCAAAUGUCAUCUCUGUGACUGCAGUACUUGCUGACGGUACAGUAGUCAAGACUCGUCGAAGACCGAGAAAGACAUCAGCGGGAUACAAUCUAACCAGUUUGUUUGUUGGCAGUGAAGGUACAUUAGGCAUUGUUACUGAAGCAGUGGUUAAAGUGUAUCCCAAACCGAAAAGUGAAACGGUUGUUGUUGUACAGUUCCCACUGAUAUCGCAUGCCACAAAUACCGUAGCACAAGUGUUUCGUCUGGGAAUACAGCCUAGUGCCAUUGAGUUGCUAGAUGCAGAUAUGAUGCAUUGUUUAAACUAUGGUGAUUUCACCAGUGAACCAAUGUUGGAAGCACCCACAAUUUUCUUCAAGCUCGGUGGAAUUAAUGACACAGUUGUCAAUGAAAGUGUCAAAAUCCUCAAAACCAUAACGCAAACCAAUCAAGCAUCCAAUUUCAAAUUUGCUAGAAAUAAACAAGAACAAGAAGAGUUAUUUGCAGCCAGGAAAAAUGCAUUUUAUGCCAUGAUCAAUUGGGGUCGUAAUGAAAUUGAUGAAGAUGUAAGAAUCUGGGUCACUGAUAUCGCAGUUCCUCUUUCUCGCUUAUCACACGUCUUGGAUAAAAUUAACGACUGGAUCAAAAAAUCUCCCUUUGAAUCAAUAAUUUUGGCUCAUGCAGGUGAUGGCAAUUUCCACGCUGAUAUUUUCUAUAAAAAGGGUCAAAGAGCAGAAGUUGAAGCAAUUGUUAACAAUAUGAUUCAAUUGGGGAUUGAUAAUGAUGGAACUGCCACUGGUGAACAUGGGAUCGGCAAUGCUAAACGAAGGUUCCUACAAUUGGAGUUGGGUGAGGAUACGAUUGAUAUGAUGAGAAAGAUUAAAAUGGCCUUGGAUCCAAAUAGAAUUUUGAAUCCUGACAAGAUUUUCAAAAUUGACCCUACUGAUGGAGGUGAGUAUUGA